GCCCUAACCCUAGUUCCACUUCGCCGAAGAGUCGACGAGCACUGCCCCAGCGAGCUUGCAGCCAUGGCGGAUGUUGAAGGAGAUGUGGCACCGGGGCAACCCAAGAGGAGGACGUUCAGGAAGUUCAGCUUCCGCGGUGUUGAUCUUGAUCAACUCCUUGAUAUGUCCACUGACGAGCUCGUCAAGCUCUUCCAUGCUCGCGCUCGCAGAAGGUUUCAGCGAGGUCUGAAGCGAAAACCGAUGGCUCUCAUCAAGAAGUUGCGCAAGGCGAAAAAGGAUGCUCCACCCGGUGAGAAACCUGAACCAGUUAGGACCCACCUUCGCAACAUGAUCAUUGUUCCUGAGAUGAUAGGCAGCAUUGUUGGAGUCUACAAUGGCAAGACCUUCAACCAGGUUGAGAUCAAGCCUGAAAUGAUCGGGCAUUACCUUGCAGAGUUCUCCAUCUCUUACAAGCCUGUCAAGCAUGGCAGGCCUGGAAUUGGUGCCACUCACUCUUCCAGGUUCAUUCCUCUAAAGUAGUUUUCUUUGCUUCUAGUUCUAUUUUUAUAAUUCCCCUAUCAGCAAGUCACAAGAACUCAAAAUCUUAGACAUUCACUAUGUUUUAAGUUUUUGUCUGGCCCUUGGAGAUAUUAUUAAACUUUCGGUAUUCGAGGAUUCUGUUUUCUUAUAA